AUGGCCGACGAAUAUCCAAGCCUGCUCCGUUCGGAGCGUAUGAGCUUGGUGCAACUUUUUGUGCCCACCGAGGUUGCGCAUGACACUGUUCACGAACUUGGUGAACUCGGAAACGUCCAAUUCAAGGAUUUGAACCCAAGCGUCAACCCCUUCCAACGUUCGUUCGUUGGGGAAAUCCGGCGCAUCGACGAAAUGGGCCGCCGAGUUCGCUUCUUCGCCACGCAGAUCGAAAAGGAGAAGGAUGUCGUCCCGGUUCGACCCCUCAUCGACUGUGCACCCGUUCUGACCACUGGACCCCGCGCGGCGCACACCAUCGACGAGCUCGACACCACCCUCGCAGAGCAUGAAGCCCGUCUGACCAAGAUGAACGAGAGCUACCAGACCCUCAGCGAGAGGACCCGUGAGCUUCAGGAGGCCAAGCAUGUGUUGAAGGAGACCGCCGUCUUCUUUGACAAGGCUCAGAACAGUCGUGCCGAGAUUCGGUCCUCGUUCGACGAAGCUUCCGCUCCGCUGUUGAGCCACGAUGACCGGGAAGCGUCGUAUGCCCCUAUGAGCGCCGGAUUCGACCUCGAGUUCGUAGCUGGUACCAUCGAGCGAAGCCGUGUCCCAACCUUCGAGCGAGUUCUCUGGCGUGUCCUCCGCGGUAACCUCUACAUGAACCACACCGACAUCGCCGAGCCCUUCGUCGACCCAUCCACCAAUGAGGAGACCUUCAAGAACGUCUUCAUCAUCUUCGCCCACGGAGACGCUCUCCUGGCCAAGAUCAGGAAGGUCGCCGAGUCCAUGGGAGCUACUCUCUUCCCUAUCGACUCCAACGCCGAUAAGCGCUCGGAUGCCCUUCGCGAGGUUACUACCCGCCUCGAGGACCUCCAGACUGUCCUCUACAACACCGGCUUGACUCGACGUGCAGAGUUGGUCAAGAUUGGAGAGGGCCUGCGCAUGUGGCAGGAUGUCGUUAGGAAGGAGAAGUUGAUUUAUGAGACGUUGAAUUUGUUCAACUAUGAUGUUAGGAGGAAGACUCUCAUUGCUGAAGCCUGGGUUCCCACUAGGGACAUUACCAAGAUCCAGUUGGCUUUGAGGCAUGCUACGGAAGGAUCCGGUACAAGCGUUCCUCCCAUCCUCCACGAGCUUCACACCAGCAAGACCCCACCAACCUUCCACCGUACCAACAAGUUCACCGAAGGCUUCCAGGCUAUCAUGGACUCGUACGGUAUCUCGGCCUACCAAGAAGUCAACCCUGGUCUCUUCGCCGUUAUCACCUUCCCUUUCCUCUUCGCAGUCAUGUUCGGUGAUAUUGGCCAUGGUGCCAUCAUCUUCUUCGCUGCCCUCUACAUGAUCGCGCGGGAGAAGAGUCUGGCGAAGGGUGGAAUGGGCAACAGCGAGAUUAUGGGACAAUUCUUCUUCGGUCGAUACAUCAUUCUUUUGAUGGGCAUCUUCUCGAUCUACACCGGUUUCAUCUACAACGAUAUCUUCUCCAAGACGUUGCCCAUCUUCAAGUCUGGAUGGAAGUUCGCUAAUGGUUCGACCACUGGUGAAUGGACUGGAUCGACGUACCCGUUCGGUUUGGACCCUGGCUGGCAUGGAGCUAGCAACGCCCUCGUCUUCACCAACUCGUACAAGAUGAAGAUGUCGAUCGUGCUUGGUGUCUGUCAUAUGACAUUCGCGCUCUGCCUCCAAGUCCCUAACCACUUCAGGUUCAACCGCAAAUCUGAGAUCUGGACCAACUUCAUCCCGCAGAUGAUCUUCCUCCAAAGUAUCUUCGGCUACCUCGUCCUCUGCAUCCUGUACAAGUGGACAGUCGAUUGGUCCAAAUCCCCGGUGUCGCCUCCUUCGCUUCUGAACAUGCUUAUCACCAUGUUCCUGGAGCCGGGUGUGGUGGCGCCUGAUAAGCAGCUCUAUCCUGGACAGGGUUUUGUUCAGUUGGUGUUGUUGGGUUUGGCGGGGAUUUGUGUGCCGUGGUUGUUGAUCACCAAACCGUAUUUGGCGUGGAGGGAUAUGAAGAAGCCGAGGGAUGAGGGGUAUGUUAGUUUGGGAGCGUCAAAUGAGCUGGGGACUGCCCGGGAUUCGGGUGAGAAUGGGUUCAGGCAGAGUGAGGAUGAUGUGCUUGAGGGUGAAGAGGAGGGACAUGGAAGGGCUGUUCUUGAACAUGAAGAGGGUGAUCAUGAGGAACACGAUUUCGGCGACGUUGUGAUUCACCAGAUCAUCCACACCAUCGAGUUUUGUCUGGGCUGUAUCUCGCAUACUGCUUCGUACCUCCGGUUGUGGGCUCUUUCGCUUGCGCAUGCGCAGCUUUCGGAGGUGUUGUGGGAUAUGACGAUUGCUGGGUUUUUGAAUCCGCAAGGUGUGACUGGGUGGAUUGCGCUUGCGAUCAUGGGCUCGAUGUGGUUCUCGUUGACAGUUUUCAUUCUCUGUCUUAUGGAGGGUCUUUCGGCUUUCCUUCACGCGCUCCGUCUCCACUGGGUUGAGGGGAAUAGCAAGCACUUUGAGGGUGGUGGACAUCAAUUUGUGCCGUUGACGUUUGUGGAAGUUGCGAGCAGCGAGGAUUAGUGAUGGAUGAAUUAGGGCGAUAUGGAUGUAGAUGACAUUUUGUGAUUGGAUGGAUGCUAUUGGGUGGUUUAGCGUACAUACAUAGAAGGUGGCGGAUGGAGGAUCGGAGAUGCGAUGGGGGUGCGUCAAGCUUGAGAAUCCCGUUGUUCUGCCGUUGAUGAUGGUGAUCGAUGCGGUGGAGACGGGAGUAGGCAAGGAAAGGAAGGCGAGGUGGACCAACCAACCACGUUUUUUCUUCGAUUCUUGAACGUUUCCGAGCGGCGUCGUCGGUGGAUGUCAAGUUUCAAUUGUACCCUUGAUUUUGCAACUUCUUUUCCUUCUUUCGUUUCCUUGCUUCCUUCUUCCCAUCUCGGGUUCGGAUUGGGAAGGUGAUCCUAACCGCAUUUCAUUCAUUCAUUUGUUGUUUGUUAUCCCGUUCGCUCCGAAGUCGUUCUGCGGUCGUUUGGCGCCUCGUUCAUGUUCAUUCAUUCAUUUUCUUGCAAUCCUGGACCUUUUACAUAGUGCUCGCUUGUAAUGUGAUUUCUCUUGUGCUC